GAUCUAGUUCCUGAUGGAUGAGUCUGACUGUGCCUGUUGAAACCUUGUUGCCUGCUUGUCCGAAACUGUAGUUUCACGUUUUCCUAUCGUAAAUAUUAGCGCGUGCGACUGUCGUCGUUGACUCUACAACGCGAAGCUCGCGUUCCGCGCUCGAGGCGACCGUCCCGUCUGCGGCUCACUGCGUCAUGGCGACGGCGCCGGAGAAGAAGUUACGCAUUUGUUAACAGCAUUGGGAAUUAAUGGAGUAUCACCCUCAUUCGGGCAGCGGGCUCACGUUAUGCUGGACUACAGUAAGUCAGGUGAACCAGGAGACCUAGUGUCAAAGAACGGUGGGUUUUUUAAAAUGGAGGAACUGGCUGUAAUGGCCUUGCUGGAGUGUCCUGUGUGUUUGGACCAGCUGGACGCGACAGCCAAGGUCCUGCCCUGCCAGCACACUUUCUGCAUGUCCUGCCUACAGAGGCAGGAGGCAGCCCACUCCCAGCUCUUCUGCCCGGAGUGUUGCGCCCCCGUCUCAGCCAGGACCGUGGACGAGCUCCCUGCGAACCUCCUGCUUGUGCGGCUCCUGGAGGGGCUCCAGGGCUCCGGCAGAAACGUGCAGACGAGCCGCUACGCCGUGCCUUUGGGCAGGGGCAGCUUGAAAGUCAGGGAUAAUCAACAACAGCAGCAGCAGCAGCAGCAGCAGCAGGAGGGUCAUCACCGAGACAAGCAAGGGCAGAAUGAGGCCGCUCUCAGAGCCUCGAUGUAUAACCAACGCGGUGAUGUGUCGGGAGAGCCCGUCCUCGCGCCUGGGAACGGCAUCGCCGCUAAACACAAGGCGGACGACAACUGGCGCUACGAAGAGUCGUGUGACGGCAGCGGCGCGUCGGUCACCGCGCUGCAGCCCCUCCAGCCGUCCCAGACGCCGGCUCUCUGCAGGGCGCUGUGCGACUUUAACCCAGAGGACCUGAAUGUGGAAGACAGUAAAUAUUGUCUCAGCUUCCUCAAGGGAGACAUCCUGGCCGUCGUCAGGCGAGUGGACGAGCACUGGGUCGAAGCCAAACUAGGGGAGAGAGUUGGAAUUUGCCCUCAGCAGUUUCUGGAGCCAAACUCCGCCGCUUCCAAACUGCUAAAGGGGAAGAGUCGGCGCGGGGGUGAGUCAGCAGAAUUUCACCAUCAGCCCGGGAGCGGGAGCGGGGGCAAAGACAAGGCCGCUGACGCACCGAGCAGGACCGCCCAUUACGGAGCCCCUCUAGUCCCGGCAAAGGCGCCCAUCAUCAAUGCUCUACCCGUCUCCAACCAGCGGAAGCAGACCGCGGCCGGCAGCAGCAACUUUUACCAAGCGGCGCCGGGGGAGGCGACCAACGUCAACGGCGGCAACAACCACCGGGGUCAGCCGCCGCGUCUCUCCGCGCCCUCCGCCGCCCAGGGCCACUCGCACCGCUCCAGAGUGAACUCUCAUCGCUCCAGACGCCACUCUGAGCCGCACAGACACCUGUUACAUAGUCAGAAGAAGAUGGCCAGCGAGACCCCUCCCACCAUCUCCAUGGCUCUGCUGAACCCCCAGAUGACCUCUGCCUCUGCUGACAGCAAAAACUCCUCCACACAGCAGCUCUCCAUCAGUGUGUGUGCCGUCCUGUACUCCUACAAACCACGGCGACCAGAGGAGCUGGAGCUGAGGAAAGGAGAGAUGGUGGGAGUCUACGGACAGUUCAAAGAAGGCUGGCUGCGUGGGUUGUCGCUCAGGACGGGAAAAGUCGGCAUUCUGCCCAGCAACUACAUCACGCCUGUGCUGAGAACCUCAGCCAGACUUGUGGAGACCAAAGCAGCUAGUGCGUCCUCACAGUAUAACACAGUAGAUGGAAAGAAAUCCACCGCUGCCAAGAAUCCUGCUGUGGUCCUUGCUCUUGACAGGGUGAGCAGUGAUGGAGCGAUAUACUCAACAGGACAAGUCCCAUCUGUGCCAAAUGGAGCACAGCAUGCAAUGUCGUCCACUGGCAGCGGAAAGCCGUCCUUCUACGGGGGUUCACAAGGUUGGGAGAGUGUGAGGCGUAUUUUUAACCCACAUAGAGCCUCAAAUCGCCUUUCUCACAUGUCCCAUGUCAACGCCCCGUCCAACUCGCAACAUUUUGCACAAGUUCAGACGUCUGGCUACUCACCUGCCCUUCAGAGGAAGAAGAACAGCAGCGUCCUACCCAGUGGCAGACCGCUGGGCUGGAUGACUGAGCCAGCAGCGCCCUCUACUGCCACAUUUAUGAAGGACAGGGACUACGCUGCUUCACACUACGAGAGACAGCCUUCCAACGGGCCUCAGUCAAUUCUAGUCAGACCUGACACACACAAGAACAAUACAGACAAGCCUGCAAAGUCAGUGCGGUUCCUCACAGAUGAAGACUCACCUCUCCCGAGACGUCGGACCUCCUCUUGGUCAUCGGGAAAUCAGGUUCCGUCCUCUAACAGCCGCGUUGGGCCCCCUCCUUUAGAGGUGUGGGCUCCAUCACUGACCCUGGGAAGAGAUGGACCAGGGAUCAUCCUCAAAGAAGGAAAGGGCCCUAUCCUCAGGAAAGGCCUCGAAACUGCCACCUCGGAUCUAAACUCUAAUCCACAGAAACAAAUAUCCUCGCAGUCGCCGCUAUCAGCAGCGUCAGCUCAGUUCAGCCCCAGCAGACACAGAGUGACCACAACACACUUAGCCCAGACAGACUCAGAGCUCAGUCUGCUUCAAGGAGAGCUUGUCCUCGUUCACAGACCUCGACCUGAUGGGCGGGUUCUCGUUACUCAGGAGAGCAGUGGGCAGACGGGCUUAUUCCACACUAGUGUUCUUCAAGCUCUUGAGAGGCUUAGCUGACUGUGUAUUUAUACUAUAGUAGAAUAUAUUUCUGUAUUCCAUGAGUUCAGGCUGCCAAAUGACUUGAUCAACCUUCUAAACAAGAUUCGUGUGGAUGUCCAAAGGUUAAUACUGCCAAAUGACAAUCCUAUCAAAUAUGUUUAUUUUUGUGCAUAUUAAGAGUUCAGUUUAAAUAUUUGGAGAUAUAUAUAUAUAUUUUAUGUCCCUCCACGUGUGUGCAUGUUUGUUACACAUUAGAUUUUGCACAAAGCCACCCACUUGAUGACUGUUCCUUGAUUCAAACCUAUGUUACACACAAUGGACAGUGCCUUUGUCGAAACCCACAAAGGAAACAAACUACAUUUGUAUAUAUUUAGAGAAAUUAUGAAGCAAAAUAUCUGUACUGCUUAUGUGGUAAUAAAGCAUACCUCCAGAACAUAAA